CGGGAAUCGUUUGGCGAUUUGCGUUAGGACGGACUUGGAAUUGAAGAAGGCGCACAAAGCAAAGAAAGCCAACGACUCGCCGGAGCGGUGCAAAAAUGGAGGCGUCGCGCUCGCCGGCCGGCGGCCCCAGCCCCAAUCACGACCCGAACCCGAAUCCCAACUCCAUUGCGUCGUCGCUGCCGCUCUGGCCGACGAUCGACGGCCCGCUGGGGCUGUCGGAGGAGGACGCCGCCGGCUACGCGCGGCGGUUCUACCAGUUCGGGUUCGCCCUCCUGCCGUGGCUCUGGGCGGUCAACUGCUUCUACUUCUGGCCCGUCCUCGCCCACAAGCGCUCCUUCCCUCAGAUUCGCCGCUAUGUUUUCAGAUCAGCCAUUGGAUUCUCGGUGUUUAGCGCCGUCCUGUGCGCAUGGGCUUUGACAUUCGCGAUCGGAGGAGAGGGUCUCUUCGGCUCUGUUUGGAACCAACUGGUGAUGUACAAUCUUGCAGAUAAAUGGGGUUUGACUGGUUGGGAUUAGUCACCACCCUGAUGUCCUCGUAGAAACUUCAUGUGUUCAACCCUACUUUUGUGCUAAGUUCUCUUUGGGAACAGACCGUUGCCCGCUCUUUAGCAGUUUCCACUGAUGCAGUUUGUAGAUAAUUUCUCGAGCCUGAGCUCGCGCAUGUGUGCGUGUAGCUCGAUGAAUGUUGCCGGGGCCGUUCUGCUUUGCCGGAGCCGCCGCUAGGCAGGGGCCUAUUGAUCACGCAUCCAGUUUAAGUUCUUGAAUCACAUCCCUCUCAAUUUAGCUGAAUGAAAUCGAUGUUCUUUGUA